AUGUCCAGUUUCUGGAACCCCACCAACAUCCCCACCAGCAGCAGCCACCACCACCACAAGAGAAGGUGGAGAAACAAAGGCAAACAGCGAGAACAAGACACAAUACCACUAUUUGGGUCGUCGACACCGGCACCCCAUCGGCAGAGAUCGUCAUCCUCAAGAUCUGACGACAUCGUACUCGUCCGUCGCAAGGGCAGUCCGCCAUGGUGGUGGCUCUUGUGUACGAAAGGGACCAUGGGAAUUACGGUCAUGAGGGCUGUCAGGGACGAGCACGGCGCUCGUCGUCCUCGCGGUCAGCUGGUGCUCGAGCCACUUCUUGAGGGAAAAGUGGCAAGUUUCUUCCCGACAAAGUUGGUGGAUGUGGAGGAGUAG